AUGGCUCCUUGGACUCCCCCGGCCAACGGCUCACCCUGCUGGAUCGAGAUCCCCGUCACAAACGCCGAACGAGCGAAAAACUUCUACUCCAGCGUCUUCUCCUGGACCUUCAUGGCCGUGCCAGAGAAGACAGAAGCCCAGCUUGCCGCUGAAGAGGGCUCUCCCUGCAAUGAGACAGUCGCGAUAUUCCGAUACCCGGACCAGAGCCUCGGGAAUCUUGGCGGGGGUCUGAGUCUUGUCUCAGAGGAGGUGAUGCAGCGAUACAAGCAAGCCGACGGUAGCUCGAAUUUUAGUAAGAAGGGCGGAAAGCCUGGUAUUACUAUGUACUACAUGGUGGCGGAUUUGGAUAAGUCCAUGGAGGCCAUAGUGGCGAACGGCGGGAAGAAGCUGAGCGGCGAGUAUCCAGAGGGAGACCAUGGAAAGAUCAUGUACGCAGAAGACUCUGAGGGGAACGUCCUGGGAAUCUACAAGUUUGUCGGGGCCGGAUGCUAA